AUGAGUGCAGAGUGCACGCAGUGGCACAGACAAGACAUUCAGAAUCUGCUGAAGAAGCUGCGGCUCGCGUGGAAGGAUCUGCGCAUCGAAAGCAAGCUCAAGCUGCUGAUCGGCUUCGUGCAGGUGGUCGCGCCUAUGGGCGCUGUCUACUCGAUCACGAUGCCCGACUCGUUCCGCGCCUUCCUUGAGGCCAUGGAGGCGAUCUACAUCGACAUCUUUGGGCCGUUGUUUGUGCCGACAAAGUGCCUCGGCGGACUCUUCAACCUGCUCCUGCUGAAGGGGUUCGUCCCGAUCGGGCUGCUGCUCUUCGUAUGGCUGAUCCUCUCUAUCGUGCGACUGCGCAGCGAGCGGCGCAGCGAGCGGCGCAGCGCCAACGGCGACGCCGUCCCGCCUCUCUCCCCUUGGCGCGCCGUGGUGCACGCUGUCCGGAGCAGCCUCCGCCUGCUGCUGCCUGCCACCCUCUGGAUGAUCGUCAUCUUCUGCACCAGCGUCUCCGCCAGCGUCUUCAGCGCCUUCCACUGCCGCCGGUUCGUCGUCAACACCGACAUGGACACGCGCGAGUUUCUGCGGGCCAGCCUCGACAUCGAGUGCCCCGGUGACGGGCGCGAGGCGAGUCCCGAGUACCAUGAGCUGCAAGGCCUGGCGUGGGCGCUGAUAGUCCUCUGGCCCAUCGGCUCGCUGCUCGGACUAGCGGCGCUCUUCCUGAGCAUCCGCGGCGCGGUGAUGCACCGCAAGCCAAACAAGUGGUCCCGCGCCGCCGGCCUCCUCACCCGAGACUUCAAGGCCGAGUUUUACUGGUGGGAGUGGCUCGAGCUGGUGCGGCGGCUGCUGCUCACUGGCUUCGUGCUCGCCAUCCCCGAGUCGGCCGCCUUCCUGCGGCUGGCGGUGGCGCUCGUCGUGAGCGUGCUCUUCCUCAUCAGCCAGAUGCUCCUCGUGCCGUACAAGGCGGAGGUGAUCCAGUUCCUCUCGUGCGCCGCGCAGCUCGUCAUCAUCGUGCUGCUCAUCGGGUCGACGUUCAUGUACCUACACGAGCAGUUCUCGGUGGCGAUCGCGAGCGCGGCGGUCGAGACGGGCGACACCGACCCGGUCGUAUCGGUGCUCGUCUUUGAGUCGCUCGAAAACAUCGCCGUCCUCUGCUUCGCCGCCAUGGCCGUCCUCGCGCUCGGCCUCUCCGCGCUGACGGUCCGCAGCAUGGUGCUCCGUGGCAAGGACGAGCUCCUGCGGCUCAAGGCGACCAAGGCGCGGCCACAGGUGUCCAUCGCGCGGGGGCUCAAAUACCACCUCUUCCUGAGCCACAUCUGGGGCACCGGCCAGGACCAGGUCGCCGUGAUCAAGCGGCAGCUCCUGCGGAUGGUGCCCGACCUCGUCAUCUUCCUGGACGUCGAUGAUCUCGAAGACAUCGGCAACCUGGAGGGUUACAUCGACGAGACGAUGGCGGUGCUCAUGUUCCUCUCGCGCGGGUACUUCACCUCGCGCAACUGCCUGCGCGAGGUGCGGUCCACCGCGGAGCGAAAGCUGCCCGUGAUCCUCGUCCACGAGAGGGACGUCAACAAGGGCGGCCUGCCGUACGAGGCGUCGAUGGACGAGUGCCCGGAGGACCUGCGCGAGUUUGUGUUUGGCAAGGAGGGCGCAAUGCGCGAUGUGCUCGAGUGGCACCGCGUCACCGUCUUCCAGCUCUGCACGCUCAAGGAGAUUGCGCGCGUCGUCCUCGACUACACGCCGCUCUACCUCGACGACCAGAUCCUCGACGUCUACCUCAAGACGGACUGCGAGGUGGAGGACCUGACCUUUGCCUCGCCCGUGGCGGCGUACGCCUCCCCAAACAACGUUGGCUGCCGGCGGGCGAUCCGUGAGCUCGCAAAGACCUUCCGCUCGAGCGACUUUUUCGUCCGGCUCGAGCCGCCCGCCGAGUGGGUCGACCCGGCCGUGCUCGCGAGGAGGAGGCUCGAGGAGGGCGAGGGGGAGCUGGGCGGCGCGUCCGCUGGGAGCAACGUGUCCCUCUCCGGCACCGGCACCGGCUCCGGCCCCGGGAGGGUGCCCCGGAACCUGGAGAAGCGCCGCCAGAUCUUUCUGCUCUACCUCAACCGCAACACCUGGCACGGCGCGGCGGGUGUGGAGCUGGCCGCAGAGGUGCGCCUCGCGCUCGAGAUCGGGGCCGAGAUUGUCAUGCUGCAUGAGAACGACCCCGAGCGCGACGGCUGCGAGUUUGGCCACUUCUUCGGCACCACGCCCGUCGACCUGAUCAACAACGGGCUGUUCAAGCCGCUCGCCGUCGCGCUCAUGACGGGCCCGCACCGUCGCGUCAGCCUCUCGCUGGCCGCGCAGGCGAUGGGGGCGACGCGCAAGCGAGUCGCGAAGCGGAUGAGCUUUCACAGGUCGUCGAGUGGCUCGGCGGACGACCUGCUCGACGCCGACGAGGAGCGAGAGACCGAGACGACCGGGGGCACGGAUAACGGGCAGGGGGGGCAGGGGGGGCAGGAGGCCGAGUCGAGCGUGGGGUCGGGGCUCUGGAGCCGCGCCCGCGGCCGCCUCGCCCACACGAGGGGGUCGAAGAAGCCCGUCGCUUCUUCGAGCGGAGCGGAGCAGGCGCACGCCAGCUCAUCCCACGUCGCACUCGACGUGAGCGGUACCGCCGGGAGCAGCGUCGAGCAGGCUGGCAAGGUGUGCGUCGUUUGCCUGAGUGGGCCUCGGACGCACGCCGUCAAGCCGUGCCGCCACCUCUGCCUGUGCCCCGACUGCGCCGCGACAGCGCUCAAAGACUUGGACACCUUUUCGCAGUGUCCAAUCUGCCGCGCCGACAUGGAUGGAGUGAUGCGCAUCUACGAGCCGUGA